AAAUGAUCAUGCACUGCCAGGCCGCAUAGUGUGCGUCUUUGCAUACAACUGUGCCUUGGUCCAACCUCCAACGACUCAAGCAUAGGCUGAGACCACAACAAAGGGUACAAAAUGGCUGAAAAAUUGCAUCAAACGGCCCAGAACAUCGUUGAAGAUAUCAAAUCCGGCCUCCAUGGCAUUCACGGCGCCGGCGACGCUCUCCGGGGUGGCGCCAUGGAAGCACUUGACACCGUCUUCCACAAACAAGAGGGAGAGGAAAGGAAUCGAGAAAUCGCCGAGCACGGUCUGGCGGAGAUGAGAGGGACAGAAGAUCGAUUGGAGGAGAGACAUCAUCAAUGUGAAGCACACCAUAUAGGAGCUGAGCACAGUGCCGGAAACGAUCACCACCACCACGUUGGUCAGGGACAGGGGAGUCACUUUGCCGACGCUCAUGCAAGGGACAUGGCAGCCGAAGAACACCAUAAAGCGACAGGAAUCGUGUCUGAGGAAGGCGACAGCCUGAGCGCAGCACGAGCGGCAAUGCAGGAAAAAUAUUAACCAGCAUCUGAACACAUCAUUACACCCGUUUGAUCUGAUCAGCGAUACCUACUUCAUGAUCACGCGAUCCUACCGAUGGUCUCAUUACUUGACCUCAGAAUUCCGAAAUCCCAUCCUUCACUACGAUUUUCCCCACAUCUUCAUCUCUUGCUCCCUCCACAACACUCCUGAUGAAUUGUCCACCGACACUCGGAUGCUUCGCCCCCAUCUCCUUCGCCAAAUGCCGUGCAUUCCCUAGAUCCGUCUCCAGAAGCCCAGGUCCAACAGCCCAAACCUUGACUCCGUCUGCCUUCAACUUGUGAUUCCAGUCCACCAUCAACAUGUUCAGCGCUGUCUUACUGCAUCGAUACCCGAUCGUCUCAAAUUCGAUCUUCUUCGGCCACCCAGCGGGUUGAGGCGGCGUAGGAAAAUAAGACCUGCUUGCUUGUGUGACGUUGGAGAGGCCUGUCACGAAGACCAGACGAGGGUCAUGGGAUUUGAGCAAGAGUGGCAUAAAGGUCCAGGUUAGGACAUUGGUACCCGCGACGUUGACAUCGUAGGCUCUCAAAAAGCAGUCGCGGAGGGAGACGUCAUUGGCUACAAAUGCGAGAUCAAAUGUCGCUCCUAUGAUUUUUGAAGUCAGCUCGGAUUGGCAGGUGAUGGGCCACGAAAGUUGCCUUACCCGCGUUAUUUAUGAGCGCAUCAAUAUGUCCCAACUUGGUCUUGACCUGAUCGAAUGCUGUUUCGAUGGAGGUAUCACUGUUAAGAUCGACUUGGAGCGCUUCGACGGUGUUGGCUGACUCGCCACAUUCUUUGUGGAGCUUCUCGAUUGCAUGUUCGGCCUUCUCGAGUGAGCGACUGCCCAAGAGAACAUGAUAUGGCUGAUUGGACUGAAGGAGGGCCUUGACUGUCUCGUAGCCGAUACCGUUGUUGCCACCUAUCUCCAGCUCAGCGCCAUGACCAAGAAGCAACAGCAGAAAAUCAAGCAAUGAUGAUAACACUCACCAGUAACAAGAGCAAUUCUUCGGCCUGCCAUUGCUGCGGUCGUCAAACACUCUGGGAACGAUCUCUGAGCCUUUUUCGCUUGGAUGUGGGAUUAGGAAGUGCUCUUGAUGUGUUCCGUCGACCUUCCAUCCUCGAAUUAAGUAUGCCCUUUCUUAUAUGCCGUUUCUCUCGGAUUUAGGGCGAACGCGAAGCCAAUUCAUCUCUUGAUUGCAGUA